CCACCAAUCAGCACUAGGAACACGUGGAGUAAUUGUAAUACCGCUGUGCUGGAAUCAAUGAGGUACAACAGGAAGUAGGAAGCGUAAACUAUUGGCAAACAUGCCGGCGGUGCCGCUGCUUAUUAAUCUGGCCGGUUCCGUGAUGGGUGGCUUGGCUACAGCCACCCUUAUUCCGGCUUUUAAAGAGCACUUCAUCGCAGCCCGUUUAUGCGGCACCGACAUGAACAAGACAACCAAGGAGCCGGUUCCGGAGUCCCAAGGUGUUAUCAGUGGGGCCGUAUUCCUUCUCAUACUCUUCUGCUUCAUUCCUGUACCCUUCCUCAGCUGUCUUGUGGAAGAGCAAUGCAAAGAGUUUCCACAUCAUGAGUUUGUAGCACUUAUUGGCUCCCUACUUGCCAUCUGCUGUAUGAUAUUUCUGGGUUUUGCUGAUGAUGUUCUAAACCUUCGAUGGCGCCACAAAUUGCUGCUCCCCACUGCAGCCUCGCUGCCACUUCUUAUGGUCUACUUUACAACAUUUGGAAACACCACGAUUGUAGUACCUAAACCAUUUAGGCCACUUCUGGGACUCCAUGUUGAUUUAGGUAUCCUGUACUACGUAUACAUGGGUAUGCUGGCUGUGUUUUGUACAAAUGCCAUCAACAUCCUGGCAGGAAUCAAUGGGCUGGAGGCCGGUCAGUCUCUGGUCAUAGCUGGCUCUAUCAUCCUAUUCAAUAUUGCUGAGCUCAAUGGAGAUUGCCACGAUGAUCACCUCUUCUCCCUUUACUUCCUUAUUCCAUUUUUCUUCACCACAUUAGGCCUACUAUAUCAUAACUGGUAUCCAUCACGUGUGUUUGUUGGUGACACAUUCUGUUACUUUGCUGGAAUGACAUUCGCUGUGGUUGGAAUCAUAGGACACUUCAGCAAAACCAUGUUGCUGUUUUUCAUCCCACAGGUGUUAAACUUCCUUUAUUCUCUUCCACAACUUCUGCAUAUCAUCCCUUGCCCACGCCAUCGUCUGCCAAGAUUGGAUCCAACCACUGGUAAACUGGGUAUGAGUUAUUCCAAGUUCAAGAGCAAAGAACUGUCCAAGCUGGGAGAUGUUAUAAUAAAGGUUGGAGAGGUAUUAUAUGUACUGGAUGUCAAGCGGGCACAGGGAGAGGAUGGAGAGUAUAUGGAAGUAAACAACAUGACACUUAUAAACUUUGUGCUGAAACUGAUUGGACCAACGCACGAAAGGAACCUGACUCUGCUGAUGCUUUUAAUCCAGGUUCUUGGUAGUUGUGCUGCCUUCCUUGUUCGCUAUCAGUUGGUUCGUCUUUUCUACGAUGUGUGACACAAUGGUCAGCUUUUGUGGAUUUAAGUUACACAUGGAGCCAUACUGCCUGCUGUUCAGUGAAUUAAUCAUCGCUGGUAACAUUACUAGAGGAUGGAAGCCCUGACUGUUCCUGUACUGCUAUAAGAAAGAAAAGGCCAUUAUUUAUACCAAUGGUCCUCUAUAUCACUUAUGUGUGCCCCAGUUCACAUCUUCCUGCCACUGAGCAGUGAUUACGAAGGAGCCUUUACUGCUAAAGUAAAUCAAGUGUAACGAAAUCAUGAUGCUCAUUAACAUUGUUGAACUUAUUUUAUUUCAGACUGUAUGUAUUUAAUUUUAAGCUUUUUGUCUUGGAUAUUCUGAAUGAUUCUUUUUUUGAGGUGGUGCUUGGACAAUCUGCAUGCAAACUGUUCAAGAAGCAGUCACACUGCUGUCUUAUAAGUUUCUAUGACUUAACAGAAAAAAAAAAAGGCAGGACUGAGUUUUUUUUUUAUUGUGUCUGUUAUUAAUUUAUGUCAGGGGAUAACCUCCGAGGCCCAGGUAAUAUAUAGCAUCACUAAUUGGGAUGCACCAAAUCCACUGUGUUUGAAUUCGGCAAAUCCAGCAAGGAAGGUAUUAAACAGAACCACGCAAAAAGAACUGCACAAAUCUUCUCAAUUGUGUGACGAACAGUCACGUGAUUUUUCGAUUCGGCCAGAAACUUGGAUUUGGCCAAAUCCUGCUGAAAAAGUUCCAAACUCAAUCCUAGAUUUGGCUCAUCUCUAAUCACUAAAAGCAAAAAGGGAUUCAGUAACUACCAAAUGCUAUGACUUUAUUAUCCAAAGCCACAUUAUUUGCUGCAUACAAAAGGGAUAAUCUACUGGAGUUUAUUUGUGAAGUUUUAAAUGGGGUAGUUCACCUUUACAAAAUGUACUGGAGUGCACAAAAAAUCAUGGCUUUAUAUAAAGAGAUACAUCUAUCAUAACAUUGUAAUUUCCGUUCAUGCUAUUUGGCAAUGCUUUUACAUUACCUAUCUGAUCCCCCAUGUUCUGCUGUGAGGGGCUGCCAUAUUUGUCAGUUAGUAUUAGACUAACUGACCGGUUUCAAACAUGAUAAAUGAAGUAAAGGUAACUUUUAAUGUACAUUAGAAUUUUGAAAAAUAGUUUUUAGUGUCAGUAUCACUUUAAAGUUCAUUUAAUAUUGGUGCAUAAGAACCAAUGUUUUGGCCCCACUUGUGAGCCUUCAUCAGUGUCGGUCUGUGGAAUUGGGGGCCCACCAGGGGGUCCAAUCCAGCUCCAGUG